GCGAGAACUGUCGGCGCCUGCGCCCUCUCCGACUAAGAUGGCGGCGGCGGCCCGGAGGGGCUGGGGAGCUGCGGCUGCUGCCAUGGGGCUGCGCAGGCGAUUCUGUCAUAUGAUGAAUCCGUACACCAUUAAGAAACAGCCUUUGCAUCAAUUUGUACGAAGACCACUUUUCCCACUACCUGCAGCCUUAUGUAACACAGUGAGAUGUAUGUUUAUUCAAACACAAGAUACCCCAAAUCCAAACAGUUUAAAGUUUAUACCAGGAAAACCAGUUCUUGAGACAAGAACUAUGGAUUUUCCCACGCCAGCUGCAGCAUUUCGCUCCCCUCUGGCUAGGUAUGUUAUUGUUUUCAUUUGCUUUUACCAAGAAACAUAA